AUGUCUAGCAAGAGCAGCCUCGCCGCCUGGCUCCCCUUGGCCAGAGCGCACCCAUUCGAGCUCAAAGAAACGCCACAGUGGCAACCACAAGACAACGAGAUCCUCAUCCGCAACCACGCGGUCGCAAUCAACCCAGUCGACCACGCCCUGCAAACCCAAGCUUGGUACCCACUCGACUACCCCACAAUCCUUGGUCAAGACGUGGCCGGCGAAGUACAGGCCGUAGGCGCAAACGUAACGCGCUUCGCACCCGGCGCGCGGGUCCUCGGCCACGCCGUGGGAAUGAGCACCAAGCAAGCCCAACACAACGCCUUCCAAACCCAUACCGUCCUACAAACCAACAUGGCCACCGAGAUCCCCGACAGCAUGGCCUACGCAGCCGCAGCCGUGAUCCCACUGGGUCUAUCAACCGCCGCAGCGGGUCUCUUCCAACCCGACUUCCUGGGCCUCCCGUACCCGACCGAGCCGCGGACGGCGCCCAGAGCGCAGUCGCUCCUUAUCUGGGGCGGUGCCAGUAGUGUUGGCUGUAAUGCGAUUCAGCUUGCUGUUGCGGCGGGAUAUGAGGUGGUUACCACGGCGUCGGCGAAGAACUUUGAGUAUGUGCGGCAGCUUGGCGCGACGGAGGUGUUUGAUUAUAAUUGUCCGACUGUGAUUGAGAAUAUUGUUCGAUAUUUUCAGGACGGGGGGCCUGCGCCGCUGGUGGGUGUGAUGGAUUGUAUCAAUUUCUCAGCUACUGCUUUCUGUGUGGAUGUCGUGCGGAGGGUUCCUGCGGUGGAGAGGAAGUUUGUGGUGACUGUAAGGGAGAACUUCCCUACGCCGCCGGAUGGCGUGACGGUUAAGAGUGUCUUUGGGCUGUCGAUUAAGGAUAAUCCCGUUGGCAAGGCAAUCUAUGAGGAUUACCUGCCUAAGGCGUUGGAGGCGGGCUCCUUUGUGCCGGCUCCGCGGCCCUUGGUUGUGGGUGAGGGGCUGGAGAGUGUGCAGGCGGCGGUGGAUCUGUAUGGGAGGGGUGGCAUCUCGGCUCAAAAGGUGGUUGUUUUGUUGUAA